ACGGAAUCCUUGGGACCUCCUAACUCUUACGUCACCCCAUUGAAGGUGACAUUUAAAACGGUUAAGGUAAAGGUUAUGAUUUAAAGGUUAGAGUUAUGGUUAAUGUUAGCGUAAGGGUUAUUGUACGGACGUCCCAAUGAUCCCGAAUAGCACAAGCGAUGUUCCAGCCAGACAACCUCGCAGAAAGGGAAACGCCUCUGGACGAGUAGAAUGUAACGACGUCUCUGAUUGGACGUACAAGGAUGUAACGACGUCUCUGAUUUGCCGAAAGCAUUGGCGCUUGUGAGCAUCUAUUUUGAACGUAAAUACAGUCAGCUGCAUUUACUUCCUGAGUGGGGCCUGUCAGGGAGAGGACACAGCUGUGAGCUCUCUGACAGAAUAUAAAGUCUGUACUUUUAAGCCAAGAUGCUGUUCUAAAUUGUGGUUUUCCAAGACGGGGUCUGCAAACAGCUUGCCAUGGCAUCUAAAUUGAAUUCCAUUCAAGGAACUAUCAUUGGAUUUACCUUGUAAAAAUGGAAAACGUUACCAAAGAUUUCAGUCCAGUCACCUUGACCAGCAGGCCCGACAGAGUCUCAGGGCUUUCCUCGAUGUCGGACAUGAUGAUGGCCUCGCCUUGCAUCAACAAGAGUCUCUUCUCUUCUGGACCCACAAAUGUACUGUCUCCCGUCACUAAUCUGGCCCUAAACAUGAACAAUCUAGCUGGACUUGGGAGCCAACAAUGUGACACUCCAAAGCGGAAACAACGUGUGCCCCUCCUGAAGUUUCCGUCCGUCGCCUCUGACUGCUCCUCUGAUGCAGGUCUUGGUAUGGAUUCCCCCAGCCCCAUGGACCCCAUCCAUGUUGAGGAGACGUUUGAGAAGGCCAUUCUUCAUUCUGAAAGAGUUGUCAAUGAUAACAUGCCAAUCCGAAGAAUCAACUCUCUGCCACUGCAGCUGCCAGACUUCGGCCCUCCUCUGAAGGGUCCGGUCCCAGGGAGCCAGAGUCAGCAGCGCCACGGGGCUUUUGGACGGCUCGGCUCAGCCCAGGAUACAGCCCAGUGCUCCUCUGAGCACAGCGUUCACGGUGGACAGGGAAACAAGGAGAACCGGGAAAGCUUUGAGUUUAAGAAGCCCACCAAGCCCAUGUCACCCGGCCGUAUGAGGUCCUUCCAUAGCGAAGGGGAGGAGAACAAGGACUUUGCCCCCUGGCCCAAGGACUUUGGCCCAGCACUCGUUCUAUCUCCGUCUAAACGCCUCGGCUCAUUGGAUGACAGAAGACCCGUCUUCCCGCAUCGCUGCUCCCUUGACGAUGACGACGGUUUCCUUGACGUUCUGGACGACCGUGAGGAGGAGUGUGACAUGCCAAUGGGGAUGUCCAACCUGCUGACUGCUCCGCUUGUGAGGGACCGCACCACGCCAGGAGAUGACUCGCCGGUGGUUCGUUGUCGGCCGCGGGGUCUGUUCCGCUCGCCCUCCAUGCCCAGCCAGGCGGGCCGCACACCUCUGAAGCGCCCCCAGGACGAGAACACGCCGGUCAGAGUGAAGAGACGACGCAGCCUGGCGGAAACUCAUGGCACCACCAUGGACCAGGACGACUGCUCUCCCAGCAAGAUGGUAUUUUCUGAGCGCCACGUACAGCGCUCUAAAUCGUUCUGUAACCACACCGAGAUUGAGAAGUUGCUGGAUAAGGAGCUGAUUGGAGACUUCACCAAACCCUUCGCCCUGUCUACCGUGGAGGGAAAACACCAGGACCUCAAAUACAUCACUCCUGAGAUGAUGGCGUCCGCGCUGAGCGGCCAGCUGGAUCAUCUAGUCGAGAGGAUGGUGGUGAUUGACUGUCGCUACCCGUAUGAGUUUGAGGGGGGCCACAUCAGAGGAGCCCUGAACCUCCACCAGGAGGAGCAGGUAGAGGAGUACCUCCUACGCACCCCCAUCGCCCCCCUCUCCCCUGACCGCAGGGUCCUCCUCGUCUUCCACUGUGAGUUCUCCUCAGAGCGAGGGCCCAGGAUGUGUCGUUUCGUACGUGAGCGGGACAGGACGAUGAACGAGUAUGAGUACCCUAACCUGCACUACCCAGAAGUCUACGUCCUCAAGGGAGGCUACCAAGAGUUCUUCCAUCACUUCCAGAUGCAGUGUGAGCCCCAGGGGUACCGGCCCAUGCACCAUCAGGACUUUAAAGAGGACCUGAGGAAGUUCAGACUGAAGAGCAGUACCUGGGCUGGGGAGCGCAGCAAGAGAGACCUGUACAGCAGACUGAAGAAGCUGUAACCUGUAACCCUACUGCCCUCCCUGUAACCCUACUGCCCCCCUCCCUGUAACCCUACUGCCCCCCUCCCUGUAACCCUA